AUGUUCCUCGGGAUACCAGGUCUGAAUAAGUUCGUCUCAAGUAUUACCAUUUCACAACUCGAUGACUUACCCGAUCGCUGCAAUUAUUUUUACACUGUGUUGGCGCUAUUGUUUUUCUCACUGCUUAUCGGUACCAAACAGCAUUUCGGUUCGCCCAUUCGUUGCCUUGUCGAUCGACAAUAUUCAGGCUCUUGGAUUGGUUAUGUACAUGAUUAUUGCUUUAUAUCGGAACGUUAUUCGCUAACGCCACCUGAAUAUGAAGCAGAUGAAAUUGCCGUUUUCGACCCAACACAUGAGAAAAAGUAUGAAAAUUAUUACCAGUGGGUGCCGUUUCUUUUGGCUGCUCAAGCGUUAUCCUUUUAUCUGCCGCAUUUUUUAUGGAGAUGGUUUCAAAAAUUAAGCAAUUUGGAUAUGGCUAUCGUAGUAGAUGAAACAAUUCGAAUAUACCAUAUGUUCGUAGAUGAACGUAAUAAAGCUGUGGAAGAUUUGGUGCGAUAUCUUGAACAAUGCAUUGUUUAUCCAGUUCGGCGUUCCAUUUUCAUGAACUUCACCCGGAUUACUCUUGUUGGCUGGUAUUCAUCGCUCGUUUACGUGUUUGAAAAGUUGUUAAAUACCGCAAACACAGUCUUGCAGCUUUAUGUCAUGAAUACAUUUGUAGGUGAUGGCACACUACUUUGGGGAUAUCAGCUACUCAAAAAUCUCUGGAUGGGGCAGGACUGGACGACCAUUGGAUAUUUUCCGCGAGUGGUAUAUUGCGAUUAUAUGAGGCAUGAAUUGGCAAAUGUUCAACGUAAAACAGUUCAAUGUGCUCUUACAAUAAACAUACUCAAUGAAAAGGUAUUCGCAGUAAUGUCUGCAUGGUUGUUGCUACUGCUUGCGGUCAAUGUUGUCAGCACAAUUUAUACAGUCAUCAUAUUGUUCUUACCAACACUUCGUGAACGUUCUGCAUCAGAUUAUCUAGAGGCUUUCGUUUGCAGAGAAGAACCGCUCGCUCAUAAUCUAUCUGAUAAUGAUGGUGAUUUCUGCGAGAACGAGUUAUUUGAGUAUCAUCUAUCAAACGUUAGAAGCGCUUCAUUUCAUUCCAGAAUCAGACGUCGUAUAUGUGCAACAGUUGAAUAUGGCGAAAAUGUUAACUUAGAGAAUGAGAAAACGCGGGAAUCUGAAGAAGAAAAGCAAGAAAUUUUUCAUCGACGACUUAUAUUAUUAGCACGUAAAAAUAAGCACCUCCUACAUAAUUUUGUUUGCGAAGCAAUACAUCCGGAUAGUAUUCUUCUAUUGCGUUUCAUGCAUUCUCAUGCGGGUAGGAUGGUUACAUCUAAUAUUGUGUUUGCACUUUGGGCACAUUAUGUGAUAGCGAAGGAGUCAAGAAGACGCAAGUACCAACCGAAAGCUGUGGAUGACAUUGCAUCUGGAGCAUCAGCCAGGGAAAAAAACAUAACAGGACUGAAUGGUAACAGAUGUUUUAAUAUGUCUUCCUCGAAAAAUGACUCAACAAUUAUGGACGCUAGUCCUCUUUUGAAAUCAAACGAAGAGUAUGCACAGGUGGUGAGUUUUCCACGUUUGUCGUCAAAGAAAAAGGCUAUCGUUGAAUAUACUGCUAUUCCAAAAGAGCAAACUUCCACAAAACGUGUUUUGAAAUACUAUAGAACUAUCGGAAAAUGA